AUGGUUCUUUUUCGUUGGUUUCAUAUUUUUUCGAUUUUUUUUACUUUCUUCAUUUUCUUCCCUUUCUUCAUUUUCUUCACUUUUUCAUUUUCUUUCUUCAUUUUCUUUCUUUCUUCUUUUUUUUCACUUUCUUCAUUUUCUUUCUUUCUUCAUUUUCUUCACUUUCUACAUUUUCUUUCUUUCUUCAUUUUUUCUUUCUUCACUUUCUUCAUUUUCUUCAUUUUCUUCACUUUCUUCAUUUUAUUUAUUUCUUCAUUUUCUUUCUUUCUCAUUUUUUUUCACUUUGUUCAUUUUCUUCACUUUCUUCAUUUUCUUCACUUUUUUAUUUUCUUCACUUUCUUCAUUUUUUUUGCUUUCUUCACAUUUACGUUCUUUAUUUUAUGCAGAAACUCUUCUUUCAUUUUUUUUAAAUUUUUUUCUUUAAAUUUGUUUCCAGAAUUGUUUUCUUUCAUUAGAAUCUCUUUCUUUCCUUUAAAUUUGUUUUCAGGAUUAUUUUUUAUUCUUUUUGUGUCUUUCAUUCUUUUCCCUAUUCUAGGAAUCUUUCGUUAUGUUCUUUUCUUUUGUUCACGUUUUCUUCAUUUCUGUCCUCUUUAUAUCCAUUUUUAA